AGUUAAACACGCAGCAUUUGUAGACUUGUAACUUUCUUGCUGUCUGAAGUACCUACUGCAAGGCACGGGCAGCAUUUUGCUCGAACCUAUCUUCAAAUGCAGGCAACACCAUCCAGCGCCCUCAGCACCCUUGCUGACCCUCCUGCUCGAAUGGUUGAUGGUGCAGCCAUGGAUUACUUCUUGAUCGAAGUUGUGAAUGCUCUUCGUGUCUCAUCAGCAGUUGCAGCUGCUAGGGCAAGCAAAACAGAGCGUGAAAUGGUUGAAGCUGGGUUGGUUCCUCCACCACCACCUGCCAAACAACAGAAUCCGAGGGACAGCGCCAGUAGCACGACAGGUAAGAUAUCAGGGCCUACGGAUGAGGAAGAGGGCGUCAGGUCUAGGCUGGAAGUUAUCGGCAUGCAUGUUGGGGGUAACUUUGCGGAGAGGCUUUGCCGCGAUCGCCCAUUAUUCGGUGACUCUCUAGACGUUAUCAAGUUUGUUUGCAAGGAUCUUUGGACUUCUUGCUGGGAUAAACAAGUCGACAACUUGCGCACGAAUCACAGAGGGGUCUAUGUUCUCCAAGAUAAUGCAUUUAAGCCAAUUGCUCGGAUUUCCUCGUGGGAGGGUCGACAAGAAGCCCUCAGGCGAGCAAAGUUGUAUGUCGCACUUCCCGCUGGGAUCAUUCGAGGUGCAUUGUCACGAGUCGGCCUUCAUGGAACGGUGGUUCCUGAAAUUACUACUCUACCUCAGUGCACCUUCCAGAUCAAGCUACCAAAGAACACAUGAAGCUGUAGCACCAUCUCAACAUGACACCUUUAGACAACAACCAACGCUAGCCCAAGUUGUAGAUCAUCGUGGCUGCGGAACUUGGAUCCCGUCUCAGUAGAACGGUUGAAGAUAUCGGGGUCACAAAGUGGUGAAAUGGAAAAUAAGUAGGCAAUGCGGAAGUGACAGGCCUUGCGGGUUCCCCGAAUCAGUGUAUCGAUUUUCCGGCGAUGGAACUUCUCGAUAUUGUUCAACUCCUAGUGGAUU